AACCCGCCCGUGGCCAUGGUGACCGCCGGAGACACGCAGCUCCGCCCCUUCCUCGCGACGUGGCCCCGCCCCUCCAAACCCGGAAGCGCGGGGCUCAGGCCAGCUGCGCGAAAGAUUCGCGAGAGAGGGCGGUGGCCCAGGCCUGCUUGGCCGCGCGCCCCGCCCCUCGGAGGCCGGCUUUCCAACGCGCCCCCAAGGUCUGCAGAGCUUGCGGGUACAGAGCGCUCCACCCACCGGCCCCGACCCGGGCCCAGCAGCCUCCCUGGACUGGACCCGUGCUGGAGGGAAAAGCCGCCUUGGGGAGGCGGGAAAGGGAACUGGAGGCGGCCACGGAAGAUUAUUGUGGAUGAUGACGAUAGUAAGAUCUGGUCGCUCUACGAUGCAGGCCCCAGAAAUAUUAGGUGUCCUCUCAUAUUUCUCCCUCCCGUCAGCGGGACUGCAGAUGUAUUUUUCCGGCAGAUUUUGGCUUUGACUGGCUGGGGUUACCGGGUUAUUGCUUUGCAGUAUCCAGUUUAUUGGGACCAUCUUGAAUUCUGUGAUGGAUUCAGAAAACUUUUAGACCAUUUACAAUUGGAUAAAGUUCAUCUCUUUGGGGCUUCUCUGGGAGGCUUUUUGGCCCAGAAGUUUGCUGAAUACACUCACAAAUCUCCCAGAGUCCAGUCCCUCAUCCUCUGUAAUGCCUUCAGUGACACUUCUAUCUUUAAUCAAACGUGGACUGCCAACAGCUUUUGGCUGAUGCCAUCAUUUAUGCUCAAAAAAAUAGUUCUUGGAAAUUUUUCAUCUGGCCCAGUGGACCCUAUGAUGGCUGAUGCCAUUGACUUCAUGGUGGACAGGCUGGAAAGUUUGGGUCAGAGUGAACUGGCUUCAAGACUUACCCUGAACUGUCAAAAUUCUUAUGUGGAACCUCAUAAAAUUCGGGACAUCCCCGUAACCAUUAUGGAUGUGUUUGACCAGAGUGCACUUUCAACUGAAGCUAAGGAAGAAAUGUACAAACUGUACCCUAAUGCCCGGAGGGCUCACCUUAAAACAGGAGGCAAUUUCCCAUACCUGUGCAGAAGUGCGGAGGUGAACCUCUAUGUACAGAUACAUUUGCUGCAAUUCCACGGAACCAAAUACGCGGCCAUUGACCCGUCAAUGGUCAGUGCUGAGGAACUUGAGGUGCAGAAGGGCAACCUCGGCAUCAGUCAGGAGGAGCAAUAGCUGGGGCUGUUAGUGAUGGGUGGUCCAUGUGUGCAUACAAUCAGUGACGUCAGCGCCUGAGAGUCGGCCUCUGGUUGGUUGGUCAGGUUCACCGGUUAUCACUGUGUUUGGAACUAGGACUGAUUGUCAUCUUCGUGACAGGCGGCAGCUCUUCUAAGCCAGUGUAACUAUUCCUUCUUCAGUUUUUUUAGCCUUUGAACUUAAAGAAGUACUUUUGAAAACUCCCAUUUUAAGAAUUGUGAAAAUUUUGCUACCAAAAGUCUUCACCACUGUUUCUUUGAGGUUUGGGAUUUUGUGGGGUUUUCUCCUUUCCUUUCCCUUCCUUCUUUCCUUUCUGUUAUUUGCUGUUAAUGUUGCACAUCCACAUUGUGUAUCAAAAUGACACUGGUUAUUUUGAUGCUUUCUUGUUUAUAACCGUUAUCUGAGUGCCAAGGUAGUCACCCAGUGUUUGCUCUCCUGCAAAUCAAUGACUUCUAAUUUCAGUUCAGCGAAUUGUUUUCAGUUUUGGCUGUUGUCUUUCUACCCACUGCAGUCUUUGGAAUAAAAAUUCAACUUUAGUGA